GUCCAGUAUUACGAAGCAGCGAAAUUUCCUUCCGGCCAGUCAGCACUCGUAAAUGUGUGAUUUCUGGUCUCAAAACAAAGGUUUCUUGGUCGAAACACAAACCAUAAGCUGGUGAAUUCCUUCCUUCAUAAAACCUGAUCAUCAUUAUAUCACGAUGGCAUAGUGAAGAGCAAUUUUAAGUCACUAAAAUGACGAGUAGUGGCAAGAAGGGCAAGGCGGCCGUGCUCGAGUUCGAUACACAAACGAAAGGUACGUUGUUAGAUAGGUCCUGUGAUAAACGGCACUGCCAUAGGCGGUGAAUUUAAUGAGUUGUUAGUAUAAAUACUAUGUGGGGAAUAAAGUGAAGUAUUCGCCUCGAAUCGCUUCCGGGAUGAUAUAAAUCUGCGAUCUUUGGGGACUCAAGAGGCGCAUUGCCGUCCACGCUCUCGGUCAGAAAAGGCGCGUGGAAGGUACAAGGUUGUGGCAAAUUAAAUAUUGGGUUAGUUUGGUCCUUCUUAUAAGGUUAAAUCAAGCAAACAAGCCGCCUUCCUUUGCCUUAAGCAAGAAAUUUAGACAUCGAAGAUGUAAGUGGUAGCUUCAAUCUCCAAUAAUGGUUUAUAAUGGAUCAUGCGAUAAAAUUGAGACCGAAUACAAAUGUACAGGUAUAUAAAACUGAAGCUUAAACUUAUAAAAUAAGCAAGCUCCUGGAAGUUUUAUUUUGCAUCAAACUUCUGUGUUCAGAGAGAAAUAAUUUCAUUUACGACCAGACCUGUGAGAAUUUUGACAAACUGCCAUUUAACUGUGUUUCCACGUUGAGGUGUCCUAUUAAAUUACCAUACAUGGCCAGUUUUGGAGCGUAAACUGAAAGUAAGCUUAAUUUCUUCUCUGUGCAAAUACAACUAAGCUUAUUUUGUUGGAUGUGGAAUUUUAGAGGUUUCGCUUAAAUUUAUUGAAUAAAAACCUGGUUUAGAGCCAUUAAUAUUUAAACCACUACAAAAUUUGACCUUAUCGUAGAUUCCACAGUAGCUGUGCUUGAAUGUUUCGUUUAGUUUGGUCUUUGUAGUUAUUUUUGACCGCCGCAAGCAUUCACAAACUACCUUUUAUGUUCAUUUAUUCGUGAGACGUGAAAUGUAUAAAAUAUUUAGCAUUUAGUACCUUGUUUUCUUCUUAAAAUUUUCAUGGCUUCUUGACUUGACAAAUUUUUUCGUACUGUACCUGAAUCCAAUGCAUAUGUUUGAGUUGUACGCUCAAAUUAAUUGAAGUCUUUAAAUUCCUAUUAAAUUUACGGAUUCUGUAUUAACCCUAUCGUAAACUCCUGACCACAAAUUCGUUGUGAGAUUGGGCAUGUGAUGAAGUUUAUAACCAUGAAAUUUUACCGGAGUUGUCGAUACACGAACUUUGAAACAAUAAGCUUUUAAUCUAUCACUGAAGUACUUUGUUGUUUCAGGUCACGAAAUCUGUUCACGCAGUUAAAUUAAUUUACUCCAUUUGUAUUGGGCAUAUCCAUGGAUAAAAGAGUGUACAAAGAUUUAAAGGGUUUCUUUGAAAAACUAUUGCCUCCAUAGUUUGUUUUUUUCCCCCUAACAACACUAGCAUUUGUAUUGUGUCUAAAAAACAACUUGUUUCAAGUGCUGUGGAUAUAUUUAGUUUCAAUUCAGUUUUACUUUUUCUAAAUUCCAUUGAUUUGAGAAUUGAUCUGUGGAAAAGCAAGCGUAUAGUCAAUAGAGUACAUUUGAAUUUUCCUUUAAUUCAACUAUAAAGGAAAAUGUAGGUAGCAAAUUUAUCCUGUCAAAACAUGAUACUGAAUAACUGUUUGUAGUGUCUAAAUUAUAGAUGCUAUUUCAAAAUCUGUAUAAUCUUUAUGUGGUGGUACUCAAUGCUUAUCUUUGGGUAGUUAAUGGUCUAUCAAAAAUGAAAUACAUUAUUUAUUAAUCCACUUAAGAGGUAGUUUGAUGCCUAAAGAUAGACAUUGAACAGCCAUUAUUUGUUUUUUUUUUUCCUUCCUAUUAUGAAAUCAUUUCCUGUUGUGGUAUGCUGAUCAUCAAUUUAUUGUAGUCAAGUCCUUAAAACACCUAAAUACAGAGACGGACAUGACUAAAUGUGAUUGUUAUAGAGGUGUCCAUUCUUUAGAAGCUUCUAACAGUUGUGGAGUUAACUAGUAGAUUAAUUAACAAUUUAUUUUUGUUGUUAUUGAACGAGGCUGAGUGUGAUGUGAAGAAUGAUACAGAUGCAGGAUAACAACCUGCAAGAUCAGCAUACACAUGUAAUUCUUCACAUCAUACGAAAGCCAAAUUCAAUAAUUAUUCUUUUAUUCUUCGACAUUCAAUUAAUUAUUUCUAAAUUCUUAACAAGCUUACAUCCUCAUAGACUUUCUUAAAAACUUUGACCUAUAUCUCGGCAUAGUUUCAGGAUAUAAACAGAAUAUUGCUUUCUCUGAUAGAUACUCCUCAAAAAUAGAUACUUGUAACAUUCAUGCUUAUACUAAUUUGUUCCGUUCAGUUUUGGUCAGAAAUUCGGCUAUUUCAUCUUCAGACAGCCUUGAAAGCCAUUUUUUAGUUCACUUUGUACAAGCUGCCGUUUUUCUAGGCAAAUACAGUAAACCAUCGAUCAACCUUGUUUCCAAGUAAAUACACCAUCAAAUCAAUGGGACAGGGCUGUAUAUUGCUGGUAUCUUCCAUAUAUUUUAAGUGCCAGUUGGUUAUGAAGAAGUAGCUGGGUGAUUAGAGUCAAUCAGAAACAUUGAAAUAUUUUAAAUGAAUAAUAAUUAACAAUAAUCCACGAGUGCGCAUUGGAUAUGAGAUGGUAGAUAGCCAACGAGGGGCAUAGUACCGAGUUGGCUGUAAUCAUCUCAUAUCCACAAGCGUGAGUGGAGUAAUUGUUUAAAAACGCCUACAAAAAAUCUGAAAUUCCUCCUGAAUUUAUUUGUUAAAACAACCGACUUUUGGCUUGUUUUUAAUUUUGAACAGAUGCGCACAGUUACCAUAUUUGGCGAGAAUGGUAUAAUGGCUCAUAUACCAUGACGGCAAAGCCAAUCAAAGCUCUAGAAUUGCAUUAUCCAAUAAUUCAGUUUUUAAUAAUUGUUUUUAUUUCAUCUUCCAGAGGUACGGCAGAUUCUUAUAGAACAACUAAAAUGCUUUGACAGCAGAACGGAAGGUAAAGUUCUGUUACUGGCAGACUUACAGGAGUUUUUCAGGAGGUUGUCAGAAAUUGAGUUGGAUUACUCCAGAAACCUUGAGCGGCUUUCAAAGAUGUACUUGGACAAACUACAUAGACAUAAGACUCAAAGGUACUGUCAUAAUGCCAUAGUUUUUUUGCAUUAUAUGAAACACUCAAAUCUUAAUGGACUAACUUGUAACAACUAGUAGUUUCCAAUGGAAAGUGAAGUGUUGCAAGUAAAGCAUGACAUUUCAAAUAAUCUGAAUCAGUUGCAGUUUAUUUUGAUUGUUGAUAUUUGACAUUAACUGUGUCAAAUAGCUGUGCAUGUAACUCUACAUGACACGAAGGCAAUCGAUAAAAACUGAACUUUGAACCACAAUAAAUAAUGACAGACCUGUACAGUGAUAAAAGUUGUUUCUAAGUUCACAGUUUACUUUCAUAUGGAAAGACUAUGUGAUCAAACAACAAUGAGCACAUACACAUAUAGCCUGUGUGGCAGGCAUUCAAAAGCAAAAGGGAAGGGAAUUUGGGUGUGAGACUGCAUGCGGGGGAGAAGGGAGGAGAGGAAUGCCUGCAAGAAUGCCUUGUAUGCCUACUAUGUGUUUCUUGGGCGCCUGGAAUCCCCUCCCUUUCAGAUGCCUGCCAUACAUGCUAAUAUGCAUAGAACAACAACAACAACAACAAUAAACAUGUCAACUAGCUAUUUAAUUAAACGGUUUAAAUUCAAUGUUUAGAGGUGAUACUUUUAUAUGAGUUGGGCUUAAGUGCCCAUCGUACAUCCAGGAGUUAACCAUUAAAUUUUGUUCCACCUACCUAACGUAUUCUGUUGAGCAGGGAUGUAGCUAUAAGAGCCAGCUUUGGCUAAUAUCACUGGCUGAAAGGGAGAUAUGGGGUAAUCCUGAAUAUGCAGUUAAGCAAGAAAAAAAUGCUCUUUAGCUUUUUUUAUGGCUACAUCCCUGGUUAAGUGCAUCUCUUAACAGUCAUUGUUCCUGUUACUGUCUUAUGUUUAGGAAGGAAAAAGGGACAACAAUGGAUUUAUGGCAACAAGUACUAAUGGAAACAAAGAACAAAUCUAAAAUGCAUUUAGGCCUAAGUGAGAAUGUUUCCAAUAAUGUGGUGAACAGGUUUAUGAUUAUAAGUGAUGACUGUCAGAGAGUAGCCAAAAAGGUGACUAUUUAGUUUUUGACUGCCCCUUUAAGCCCCAAUAUCCACAUACAAAUUCUCCAAACUGAUCUCCAUACCUUUCCUUCAUGAAUGAGUUGAGAGAAUUUGAUAAAAGAUCAAAGCAUUUUAUCUUAGGUGAUCAUUGUGUUGAUUCUCAUAACCUAAUCUCUUGACAUCGUAUGGAUAUAAGGAGAAAAUUGAUGUUGGUCACUAUUGGGACUUGGUUUCCAAGCAAACAAACAAGACAGUGCCCAGUGGUACCCAGAACUUGCAGCUCAUGGCACCGACUAUUGUGUAUACUCUUCAGGCCUGUGCUCUAGCAGAGCCCAGUGGCCUCUGGCGCCUAACUUUUGCCCUCGGGCGACUAGAAAAACUCAGAUUUUUCAUACAAAUCAUAUGCUGGGCACCCCAGAUUUUACAGUUUCAGAGCACUGGGCUCCCUUCAAUUUUCCUUAGAGCACAGCCUCGCUCUUGGAUGACAAGCAGCUCUAACUUUUUGCAUAGAAGUAAUACUCAUGUAUGCUGGGUACCCUGGAUUUUGUAGGUUCAGAGUGUUGGGCUCCCUUCAAUUUUUCUUAGAGCAUGGCCUUUCUCAAAUCAGCUUAAUUUUGUGACUCUGUUUAUGUUCAACUUGUUAUCAAACCCAAAAAGGUGAUUUCCAAGUUGCCCUCAGCCGUAAUUGUGUUCAUUCUCAUGCAAUUUAUUAAAACCUAUUUUUACUGGAAAAGUUUUGCACUUAGUCUUGUUUUGAAAGCGAGAGUUUUAGAAAAUAGCCUACUAAUGCUAUGGUGAAAGGUUUUUUCUCAAAGUUUACAAUAUUUUACAAGUUAUUUAUUUGUUACUGUGGAUUUGAUUAUAAUAUUCAGUAUGUACAUAGCUAUUUGUGUGCUAUAAAUUUUUAAAUUAUUAUUUUGAAUAUUAAUGUUGCAUUUUGAGUGAGAUUGUUUGCUAUUUAUCAGGGAUCUGAAGUGUACCCUUUAUUAAUAUUAUUAUGCUGUCAUUUUAUAGAAAAAUAUUAUGUAGAUAUAAAGUCAAGAAUUUGCUCCUCUCAGGCUCAGAGGUUAAGCGAAUUUACAUGCACACUGUAAAAAGUUUUUCCACCUUAGUAAACUGUUUGCAUUUAAGGUAAAAAGGUAACAACAUGCUAAUAUGGAAGGCAUAUAAUUUACUUUUUGCAGUGCCGGGAGACAGCAACAACUCUGCAAGAUGAGCUACAAAAGUCAGUGCAGGAACUUAACCGGGUAAGCAGUCAUGACAAAUUAACUUUUUGAUCUUGUUGUAAGUUUCUUCUUUUUAAAUAGUUAAAGCAUUAUACGGCGUCAAUAAUGUUAUUUUUUACACACACGUGCUGUUUUUAUCAGAGAGUACUGCAGUUAUCUGUCUAAGUCAAAACCACUGUUGAAUCAUGAAUACAUGCCACAGUCAGAGGAACUUCGCUUCUCCCACUUUGAAGAACAUCUUUGGAACAAACAUUAAUUUACUGUUUUCACACGUACUUCAGUCAAAAUUUAUGUGGCAAGAUUUGUUCAUUUUUUUUUCCCAGCGUUUUCACCGCUAUCACUCCAUGGCUGUUGAAAGCAAAACUGCAGAGCAGAAACUACAAAAGAUGGAAGACUCACGUCGUAAGAAUGAAAAAAUGGCGAAGCAGUUUGAAAAGGUACCUACAGUUGUAAUGUAUAGAGAAGUUUUUAAGGAAUCGUUUAGGUUUCUAUUUGAAGAGCUUUGAAUUCUUGACUCUUGCUCAGUGAGGGAGACAUCAUGCCCAUAAACAACAAUAACUGACAAUGAGUAAUAAUUAGUUAAUGCACAGUAGCCUGGUAAAGUUAAUUAUUUUUUAUAGGCCCUUAUCUUUCAAGUUGUAGGCAGGUAAAAGUUUAUUUCCUUGUGCAUGCACCCUGUUUUUUUUCUGUAAUACAUAAAUAAAUAAAUAAAUAAAUGCAUUGUAACAAUUUAGAGGUAGCACAUCCACAUAAGUGGGUUUUUCGCCUACCAUUCUGGAUGAACUGGAAUUUGGAAAUGUUGGUUUUUGAGGAGAGGAGAAAACCAGAGUACAAGGAGAAAAACCUCUCAUAGCAAAAGAGUCCGGAGAGAACCAACAACAAACUCACAGGGUUGUCAGAAAGUUUUGAAGUAGACGGCUGAGUUGUCAAAGUAAGCAGCCAGUCCAGGAAUAUUUUAUUUUACAAAAUGCCAUCCGCAUCGUGCAGAGAAAGUACCGUCCGAUAGCCCGGGGCUAGUGGAUUUUGCUAUUCUGUUUUUGACUUGCCCGACGGGCAAGUGAUGUUUUAUGAGGAAUUUGAAUAACAGAAGAACAAAAAGUUUUGGGGGCUAGUUGAAAUGACGUCUGGGCUAGUAAAUGCUAGUUUCAGCUUGCCCGAAUGGAAAGCUGUAAAAAAGAUUUUCUUUGCACCCUGCAUCCGUAAAGAAUUGCCAAGCAGAGUAGCCAGCCCAUACUAACCAAGUAGGCAGCGAUUUUUGCUGGCAGCUGGCUACUUUUGACAACCCUGAACUCAACCCACAUUUGCGGUCCAUGCCAGGAUUUGAAAUGAACUCAGGCCACAUUGGUGGGAGGCAAGUGCUCUCACCAGUACCCCACCCCUGCUCAUCUUGUUUGUAGAUUCAUGAAAAAAAGGAAACAAUUUUUGACUGUAUCAGAAUGUUGCUUUUGACAUCAUUCAAACUAAUGACUGCUUUUUGUAGCACCAACAGAAAUUUUCAGAAAGCAAGAAGAGAUGCACAAAAGCGAAGAAUGACUAUGUCUUGUCACUGACGUCCACAAACCGCUUCCUGGAAAACUAUUACAACAAGUUCCUUGGUACUUUGGUGGAUGUAAGUAUUAUCAUAUUGUAUCCAUUGACUAAAUAGCUAACAAAUGGAUACCAAAUGGCCUUUUAAAAGUGUUGUAGGGUUUUCAGUAAGGUUUUAAGUAGGUGUUAAAAGCUUUGGAGUAGGCGGAGAAGGAAAAAACUCGCAAGCGCUGUAAGAGCGAGUUACAUGCGGGUCCGGCUGCAUCCCCCCUGGAAAAAUUUGAAAAUCUGAGCCUCUUAGAGUGCAUUUCCAGCAUUCUGGAGCAAAAAUUAGAGUGUUUGAACAGAACACAGACAUCAUUAAAUUUUGGCUUUUUGGGGAGUAAUUUCCAAAGAAAAGUAGGCUACUAGUUCACGUGAAAUAGCUGGUGAAUUUUGCUGGCUGCUGGCUCUUAUUGAAAACCCUGUAUAGUGAUUUCAUUUAAAAAUUAAUGCUUUGAAUAGGUUAGGGAAAAUAGUUUGUUUUGGGUGUGUAAAGCAUUCAAAUGGAUUGUCUUGUUUUUUAUCAUGGUUUGCUCAACCCUUUUAGUACCAAGGAUGACCAAUGCGAAUUUUCUCCUAACAAUAAUGAAUACAUAAUCACGACAAAAGGCCAUGAGAAUUGCAUGUAGUAAAUCAAUGACCAAGGGAAAUUUGCUGAUCUUUAAACGGAUUUUCUCAACUACAUGUAACUCGUAAAGGAAUUUGUAUGGACAUUGAUCUGGAGAAUUUGUAUUUGGAUGUUGGAGCUUAAGGGGUUAACUGGUUGGCUUAACAACCUGGGUCGGGUUGUUUUGAAGCUGGGUUAAGAUAACCAAGCAAGGGUUAGCGUGAAAUUUGAACUCUGAUAUGGGAGCUUAAAAAGUAAAUUCAGUUUAAUUCUCUUUGCCUACAAUUUGAUGAUUGGAUUAUCGGAGAGAGUGCUGCUUUUGAUAAAAAGAAAAAGAAACCUGGGUUAGAAUUUAAUCCCGGGUUAGCGCUAACCAGUGUUCAAACAACUGGGCCCUGAACGGAAUGUUCAACUUAAGGUGGCUCGACUGGAUUUUUUGGGGUUGAUACCUCCCAACUUUGAGCAUUAACUACGUCGGCAUGAGUAAAGAUAUGGAAAAAAGGUUACCACAACUGUAUUAUAUAAAGAUGAAAAUUUCUUAUGAUCUGGGUUUUAUUGCAAUCAGAGUCGUCAUGGCAACGUAAUGACGCCAUUACCUUUUUCAUUUAUCUUUGUGUUUCUCUGUUCCAGGAGUUUUUUUGAAGAAAUCGCUUUAGGGAGUAUGUACCUGCUAUAAUUGCCUCCAUUAUGGCAUAAUUUGAACAAAUUCUAUGAGAGUGAAAUAUACAUGUAUAUGAAACUUGAAAACAAUGCCAGUGAAUAAUGAGGACGCUCACUUGUAAACACAAAAUCUGGGGGGAAAAUUGGUUAUAAUUGAGGCCCUAUUUAAAAGCCUUCCCUAUUUUCAAUGUUCUUGAAACUUGCAGGGAAUAUUUCUUGACGAUUGAUCUCGGGAUUAUCGAAUUUAUAAAAAAAUUUAUCAAGCGGUUUUUGGAAAAAUGCGAAAUUUUUAGGCAUGGACCAAAUUACAUCCAAAAACUUUAUCGAAAGCAGCUGAAUGCAAGUUAAUAAAAUUCUUCUUACUCGCGAUCGCCCAGAGCAAUUCCCCUCUUUUUUUGUACUCAGUUUUCAAUGGAAUCAAAUCACUAUGAGAUGAAGCCUUGUUCCCAAAGCUUAUCAUUUUCUUAAAAUAUUAGCGAAUUGUAUGGCUAGCAUGCUAUUUCACUGUUUUUAUUAUUAUUAGAACUACACUUCAAAAUAUUUCGAAAACGCUCUCAUAGAAUUUGUUCAAAUUAUGCCAUAAUGGAGACAAUUAUAGCAGGUACAUACUUCCUAAAGCGAUUUCUUCCAAAAACUCCUGGAACAGAGAAACACAAAGAUAAAUGAAAAACGUAAUGGUGUCAUUACGUUGCCAUGGCGACUCCGAUUGCAAUAAAACCCAGAUCAUAAGAAAUUUUCAUCUUUAUAUAAUACAGUUGUGGUAACCUUUUUUCCAUAUCUUUGCUCAUGCCGACAUAGUUAAUGCUCAAAGUUGGGAGGUAUCAACCCCAAAAUAUCCAGCCGAGCCACCUUAAAACCCUGGCCAUCGUUAGUGCAAGUUGUUUGUGAGGAUCCUUUCCAUAAUUGGACAGUGGUGGUUCAUCACAUAAACCAUUACAAACAAAAUUGGAAUUAAGAAAUGACUGUGAAACGUUUGACUCCGAAAAUGACUACCUCACAGGUUGUCAAAAUGUCAGUCACUGUCAACAACAGUCCUGUUCAGAGCUACUUUCACCUGGAUGAUCAUACUCACUCCAAGAAAUUAUUGUUUUUCAAGAGAAGGGGAAACCAGAGUACUUGUAGGAAAACCUCUUGAAAGCCCCAGCCUUCCUUACAUUUCCUCUUAAUUCAACCCACUUAAUACAGACAAUCUAUCAAUACAGGCGCUUUCUAUAUAUAGCCUCCUCAUUGUCCGUAUUAAGGUUUGACUUUACAUUCAAAAUGUAGCCAAGUGUUUAUAAACUUACAACCUCUUGUAAAAUCUGUUAUUGUAGGGUUUUGACACCAAUUAUCACGACUCCUUCAAAAGAGGCAUAGAGGCAUACACUACAGCAGAAGCCACCCUUGCAAGUGCAACAAUUCAAUCUGCUGACAGCAUACGUGAAGGAAAGCUUUCUGUGCUAGCUGAAAAGGAUAAGCACUACUUCUUUGAAGACAGCCAUGGAGCCCUUGCCUUGCCAUUCACUUUUGCUUUUCUUCCAUACAACGAUGAAGAGGCAUGUUCUGUUAGUUUUCUUUGAUUUUCAAACUCAGUAAUGAUUCUUGAAGAGAACGCAGAGUACGUGUAUCAACCAGUACUAAGACCCCCUGAGGAGGGAGUGGUGGGGGGUUAGGGGAGGGGAGGGGUAGCUAUGUCCCUAGUCUGAACUUCAAAAUCGGUCACUUGUGUAUUGAAAAGGAGGCUCUUGUCCAUGUCUCUUUUGGAAUUUUACUAUUGUAGUUGUGAUGGUCCUCAUCGCUAUCACAGCUGCAACCAAUCUUUGUGUUGUUGGUUGCCAUUUUAUCAGUCUCACAUGUACAGCUGUACGUCACUGUUUCAAAGCCGAUGCUUGUCAAACUGUACCCUUACAAGGCCUCAGUACUGUGAGUUAGAUUUUGGAACUGGAAAACCAUAAAGUUUUGUGAACUUAAUUUAUGAAUUUCUGCCAGAAUUGUUGUCUUUUUGUUAGACACUCAAUACAGUGGUUCAUUUGUUAUCCAGACACGUUGAAGUUGUGAAAAAUGACUCAGUGGUACCUUGUUUUAUUGAAUCCUUUCACUCUAAAAAGAAGCCAAAGUUGAAACUCAAGAAAAGUCCCUUAUCAUCACACGAAUUGAGGGAAUUGCUUUUUGCUUUUUUCCACAGUUAAAUCAGGUGUCACCUCAGCAGACAGAUGUCAUAGAACAUCAUUAUAGAGUCUAUGAGAGACUUCAAAAAAUACGAGCUGAAACUGAGGAGGUCGGUGCCUUGUUUGAAUGUUGUUACGGUUUUGUUUAUUUGUUUAGGUGUUUGUGAGGAAGCACACAUUUGUAAAUUCAUAAACUUUAUAGCGAAACUAAAAUAGCUCACAUAACCCAUGCCUGAGAAAAAUAAUCCUUAUAUUCUUUAGUGCAGUAAACUCUAUCCAAGACAGACACUGUUGGGACCAUCCCAACCACAGAGGGUUCUGUCUGGUGUCUGUCUCAAAGAGACGUCUGUCUCAUUAGCAAUUAUUGAAUUCUGCUUUUGUAGGAUAUAAAGAAUUCUGCAGAUUGAGGAGAGUGUUAUCCACCAAGGACGAAAAUAAUUCCAAGUUUAAAAACAAGUUAAAACAUACUUACCUCGGUCGAUGUUAAGUUCAUAUCUAUAGUACAUCUUUAUCGGGAAGUUUAGGAGAUAAUGGGCUGUCCAGGUCUGCAAAUAUACUCCAAAUAUCAGAUGUCAUCUGUCGAGUUCUCUUCUUGCUGUUCUUGCUAUGUUUAUUAGACCAUAGUUCGUUGUGAAAUGAGUAAAAUGUUCUGCCAUUACUCACUUCGAAAACCACUCAAACUCGUCCCCAGGUUUUCUUGGUUAAUGGUUCAAUAAUCUGCAAUUUUGCUGCACUUUUGACGUCAUUGGUUCAAUAUGGCAAAAUUUUUCCAAAUUUGGUCAACAAGAGCUGGUUAUGAUGAAUUAUGCGUGUAAUUUUCGCCAAUCAGAAACGGAGAAAUAUUUUGAAUGAAAAAUAAUAGAGUUUAUAGAGGUGUCUGCUAAUAGGCAGGAAAGGAAGUCAGGUACCAUGCCUAUUGGCACCCAUACUUUUCUCCUCAAAAUCAAGUUAUCAAACACUGCAGCAUAUGGAUCGCGUUUUUCUUGCCUUCUUGACGUCUAGUGUAUGAUGACGUUAGUUGUUUCAUGCUUCUGAUACAAUGUAUCAUAAUUUCUUUUCUGGGUACAUCAAUGUAUUGCAAGCACAACAUUUUAUUUUUCCAAGGCUAAAAGAUAAUAAAAUAAUGAUAAACAACCGAAAAUAUCCACUUUUGACUCUUUGAUGACCUUCCUGGUAUCUCUCUAGAUUGAAAAGACGGCAGAAGCAACCUCGGAUGCUCUGAGUGAAAUGUAUCGACAGUGGGAUAAUGAGAUGAUGAGGAUGGCCAAUGGUGAAAUUGACAACGCUUCUGGCAGUGCUAGUUGUACAUCUAUCAAGAAUAGCAGUGAAGAUUUAGAAUUGUACUUUAUUGUGGUAAGUUUAACACUUCACGGUCUUGUAUUGGUUUUUACAUAUUAUUACCCCUGUAGAUUACCAAGGUUUAAAUAUAGACUAAUUUCAGGAUAUAAAAAUUCAUACCUCGCUCUGAGUCUCGGUGGAAUAAAAUCGAUUAAAAUUCCUUGAGUGUCAGGAAUGAAUAAAACAUUUUACUUUUUUGUUCCCCCAAACUUCAAAACCAACCAUGAAACUCAAUAACACAGCAGGAACGCGAAGGAUGUUGAUCGCUCUUUGAAGGAUAUCCGUGAAUCCCAAAAAUGUCCUUUCUUGGAUGGUGUUAUCGGCCAUCAUACUCUGUCUCGUCCAAUCAGUGUUUGUUAUUAGUUAUGAGGAUUUUCCAAGGCAUUCCUGAUUUGAGUUGCCGAUCAUUAUUUUUAUGAAGUAUUGUUUUUUUUUUCUUCUGUACCUUUAGAAAAUGAGGGAACUGAUUCUUACUAGCAGCUUAAAAGUCAGAAUGGAAGCUGAAAAUGAUAUGCUCACCAAGACACUGGGUUAGUACAUACGUAUAGUUCACUUUCCGAUUCCCGGCCUUUACUUUUAACGGGUUUUUAUUCGUGGCUGGCGGGGAUUAAGGGGUGGAGGGGGUGUCCAGGGUUUUUCACUGUAGACUAGAAAAUUCUUGUUAAACUUAGCAAAUUGAAACACGACAUCAUCAUUAAAGUCAACCUGUAGCGUGUCAGUAGUCACAUCUGGACUUCCCAGUGCAAUAGCCCCCCUACCCCGCCACGGAGGCUCUUUUGAAUUUUGAGCAUUUAAGGGCCUUUCAUUUCGUGUGGAGGGAGAGGGAGGUUAGUGUGGGAAUUUACUGUCAUGCAUGUAUGUAAUAGAACUCAAAUUUAAUAACGAUCUGUUUUGUCAUUAUAAAACGUUUGCAGGAGAGGUCACACCCGAUAUAGUUGGAGCCAGGUAAUAAUAAUUGAGUUUACUUUGGGGCAGCAUUGUUUGGUUGCAAAUUCCCGAGGGACUUUAAUUUUGUCACUGUAGUUGAAUCCGUUUGGCCAAUUUUUGCCUUUUAAUUGCUAUGAAAUUUAACCUAAUAGAAGAAAUACCCGUCACCCUUUAAAGCGGAAAAAACGCCGUGGGCCAAUGCAGAAGUAACGGAGAACCGUUCAAGCGUAAUGCCAAAACCGCAGUUUUUAACCUAAAGGAACAAGAAUGUGGCCUUGUGGCCUUGACGAGCUUGCGCAACGAAAGUGAAGGAUUAGGAAAUUCCCCAACGUAGCACAAAAUAUUAAAAAUUAGUGCUCAAUGGAGGGGGAAAAAAAGCACAGAUCCAAAUGACUCCUACACCAAGAUAAACAACACAUUCCGAUCUCCAAAUAGCAAAAUCAAUACUUCAUGACCAGUACAUACAGUGGAAGCUCUAGCAAUGUGCAAUCGGACGUGUAUGUGAAAAAAACAAACAAACAAGCAAACAAACGCUUAAAACUGAUAUUAAUUCAUUGUGACAGACAGUGAUAUCAAAAAACAAAAACAAAAACCGAAAAGAAAAGAUUCAGAGGCGAAUCUCUCCAUAACUGGUCUGCUACACAGCCGUUUUAGUGUCGUCACGCAAUUGCGUGACGAGUAACGACACUAAAAACGGCUGUGUAGCAGACUACUCCAGGGUUUGAGCCAGGCCGCGCCAUUGCGCCAAUCCCGCACUGCAAUUGGAAUUGUCCCUUUAAAAAACGGCCAAGGGGACAAUUUGUCCCCUUCAAAAUUUAGGGAAAAAACUCGAAAGGAAGCACACACGAAGAGAUUUAUUUUAGUACAGAAAUUGCAAACGUUCUGAAACAGAACGUGGAAAGUAUAUUUUAUCGCACCUUUAAAGUUCAUUCCAAAGUUACGUUUUAGUCACGUUCUACUGCUAUUUUUGUCGGAAAUCUAAGACAGGGCUUCUAAUUCUUCGCGCGGUCGCGGAGCCGCGAAAUUCGGUAGAAAUCUUAUCAAAUACAGGUCUGUACAACAUAUUUGAAACUUAUUUCAGCUAUAGGGGCUAUUUACUUGCCGUAAACUUGCAAAUUUAUCUUGAAACGUGCAAACAGAUUAUGUUGCGAAAAACUGGGCACUAGCCAUGAUGUUAAAGGCUUUGCCACUGGUUCAUUUCUGGAGCGUAUUGUUGUUGAAAGAGCAAAUGAUGACCUCUGUUAGAAAAACGUUAAAAAGGCUGGUCUGAUCAGCGCAAAACCGAUCGAUUUCUAGCGAAAUUUGCCUUGAAAAUAACCACAAAAUCGUCGGUUUUUUUACCGAUUGCUUUUCGGUGAAGUUUGCCCCGAAAACUCCCGCGAAAUCAGCCGAUUUUUCCGCGAAUUUGUCCCUAAAAAUCCCCCGAAAUUUGACUUUUUUCUCCGAGACCUAUCAGAAGUCCUGCUAAGAAGACAAACCCCUUUGGAUCAGCAGAAGGGUGUACAAAUUUCUGUCCCCCUAAAAAUGAAAAUGUCCCCCAAAAUUUUAGCCAAGGGGACAAAUUGUCCCCCAGUGAUCAAAUCCUAGCUCAAACCCUGCUACUCCAUUACUUUGUCUAGAAAGAAAACGUUUAACUGCAACAUAUUGUUUUAUUCCGUGACAGGCUUAAACGGCCACAUUUGGACAUAGGCUCCAAAGAGGCCUCAGCUAUAUUGGAUUCUGUACACAAGAAAACCAAAGUUUUCGGUUGUAAUUUAGAAAAUUAUUUGAAGGUGAGUGUUUGUCCUUAGUUUUUAAAUUUUAAGUACUGAAGGAAGGAAGUAUUGUUAGUUUAGUAUUAGUAUUCUCCCCUAGUUUUAUUCGAACGGGUCACUGCACCAUAGGAUUUCAUUCACAACUCAAAAGUCAGUAGUACUUACAAAGUAAAUACUGCCGUGCCAUGUUAAAGAGAUUUCAUUUGAAUGGAUACACCAUAAGAUUUCAUUCACAGAUUUGAAAAGUUAGAAGUACGUACUUGAUAUACAGAACCAUGUGAAAGCACUUCUACAGAGGUUUAAUUUGAAGAGUUGUACCCUCAGAUUUCGUUAACAGAUUUGACAGUUUGUUCUUCAGCACUGGGACAUUGUGUAACCUUGUGUAACCUGUUCGCAGGCUACACAUUCUGCCCAUUAAUUUGGUGUGAACAUAGUUUUAGGUGUCGUAGAGAGAUAGCUUCCCAAGCACAGCGUGCAACAACGACAGCGACGGUUACGAAAACGUCACUUAGGGCCUGUUUACAUGGAGUGGGGGACCCCGGUCUAGUGGGGUAGGUUUCUUUUGUUUUCACGCUCUAGGAGUCACAAAACAAAAGAAACCUACCCCACUAGACCGGGGUCCCCCACUCCGUGUAAACAGGGUCUUAAAGAGUAAAGUGGCACUGUUUCAAACUUUAUCGCGCUUAUUCCAUCUUGUUCAAUUCGUCAAAUGUUAGCAAUUUUUUUUCUCGAUUUCAAUUCGAAAAAACUCUAUCAAAGUUCAGGAAAAGAAAACGAAAGUCAUUGUCUUGCGUUCACGUUCUCCACAAAACGUGUUAGGCAUUUUCACGUGGUGGUAGUCGUGCAAUGACUGCAAAGAAAUGUGCAAAAAAGCGUGAUGCACGUGCAAAGUUGUUGAUUUGCCAAACUAAACCUACUGCUUUUUUGCCGUUCUCGUUGACUUUGCCGGCGUCGUUGUUUAAGCUCCCUAAUGAAUAACGAGAGAGUUGCACUCUUAUUUUGUAAAUUGUUUUGGCAUAAAUAUUUCGAGAAAAUAAGUAUUUUCUUUUGCAGAUUACAGGAAGGGAAAUUCCUGAAGUAGUAGAAAGUUGUGUCAAGUUUAUAAAAAAGUUUGGUGAGUAAAUUAACUAUUAGCCUUUAUGAAAAAAUACCCUCUUCGGUUGACUCUUUAUAAAAGGAAAGUUCGGUCCCUUGUUUACACUGAUUGUCCAAGUUUUAAUCAACGAGUUAAGAUGUAUGACGCCCAAACGUUUGAAAUCCUCGUAUGAAUAUCCGUCGUCGAACGUGCGCAUUAAAGGAAAGUUUUCUAAUAUCCAUUCAAGUUCUAUUCAAGUGAAAUCUAUUAUUUAAUCAAAUAUAACAGGAAAGAAUUGCAUUUGUUUAUAGCGCAGCAGCGCUUUUUGAAUGGAUGCAGUACUAUUUUAUCCUUGUUUAGAAGACGAAACAAUAUCUCUGUGUUUGUUUAGGUUGUUGCAAAGCCGGUUUUUUUGUUUGUUUGUUUGUUUGUUUCUUGUUGUAAAUUUGUUUUUCCUUUUACUUUUGUGUUUGUUGACAGGUUUGGACCAUCAAGGAAUAUUUCGCUUGUCGGGUUCAACAACAGAAAUUAACGAUAUGAAACAGCUAUUCGAAAAUGGUAAUGAAACCGAACGGUCUAUGUUGUGAGCAAUUUCUUUAUUGCUAUAUCACGUUCUUUAGCGUUUGCCCAGACAACGUAUACAUAAAAACCUUUAACCCUUUGGUGACGGCCAGCGAGUGGCGAAGAAACCGCAUUUUUCACCAAUUUGCCUGUUUGGCUUGUAUGUUUGUUUUCCCAAUACAGGUCCUGGGGAACUUGACCCUUUGUCUUUUCAUAAAUUAUGCGUAGAUAUGCAGGUGAAUUAAAGACGAAAUGUGAAAGAAACAAUUCUCUAUAGUGUUAUCACGUGACCUGUAUUGGAAAAACAGAACAUUUGUGGGACUGGUUUUCGGCUAAUUAGCAUAAGAAUGGCUAAGAUAGGAGUUUUGCAACAAAAGGGAAUAUUUUCCGACUAAUCGGAUUAAUUUUUCCGCAUGCGUAUAAGCCAUUUUCUUUCCUUCCCUCUUUGCCUAUCUAUUUCGAACUUUCUUUAAGAAACUGAUCGCUAAAUGGGUCCAGGAAGUAAAAUCUAUAAUGUACUAGUUAAUUUUUUAUCUCAAGUAAUUUUUUUUUGUUUUUUUGUUUCAAUUUCAUUAGCACACAUUACCAGACCCAAAAACAAAGGAAAAAUAAAAAUUACCUGAGGUAAAAAAAUAACUACAACAUAUACAUCGUUUGAUAUGGAACGAGAACGACCAAAGUGGUCUCCAAAAGGUUAAAGUAAACUUCGGCAAUGCAAGUAAUAAUUCAUCCUUUGAGUCAAAAGAUAAAACCACGUAAAAUGUUAUAACGAUUAUUACCAAGAAGUAUUUUAGUAUUUAUGGUAAUGUCAGUUGUAAUUAUUAUGAACAUUAUUAUCAUCUUCAUCAUCGUCGCCAUCAUCAUCAUAAUCAUAUCAUCACAAAAAGCCUUGGAUCUAUUCAGGUUUCUGGGCAACUGCCCACCUAUCCCUCCCCUGAGCCAUCAUUUCUCCCUAAGUGAGAAGUAAGUGUUAAUGUUGGCUUAGGGGAGGGGUAGAUAGGCAGUUAAUUGAUCCAAGGAUUUCAACUAACCAUUAACUACAGUCGAACCUCCACUAACGGCCACACCUCCAUAACGGCCACUUUUUUCUGCCCCCGAGGCGGCCGUUGUGGAGAGGUUCGACUGUAGAUAAAACCCUGAUGGUAGAUUGGUUAACAACUACCCCUAAUCAUUGUUGUUUUUAGGUCGUGAUCCAUUAGCUGGUUUGAACCAUUGGAAAGAUAUCAACGCUGUUGCUGGAUUACUGAGGGUUUAUUUCAGAGAACUUGAAGAUCCACUUUUCCCCAGCUCACACUAUCAAGAGUUCAUCAAGGCCAGCUGUUAGUAAAUUACAUAUGUUUGAGACAAUUCCCCGUAAAAUCCAACUAGUUGGUCAAAAAUAUCGAGACAAAACAACUUUAGCCAACAAAACGCGAUUCAGCCGCCAUUGUUUUGGUUUUCAAAGUGUGGGCUUUUCGCUACUAGUGGGCUAUAACGUAUAGCCUAGUAGUAGUUCAACCAAUCAGAACGCAGCAUUGAUAAUAGACCACUAGUUGGAUUUUACUAAUACCGCCAUCUUUGCACGCGCUUUAGGAGAUAGGAUAAAAGCAAUUUCGCGUGGUAUUUGAGGAGGCAAGCAAAAGAUAAAAUUUGCCAAUGCGAGAAAUCGCAGUCGAGUUUUUUUAUUCUCUCAAAACGAAACGACAAUUAAUAGUCAUGCAAAAUGUAUGGUUUGAGUUUCGACAAAAUUAGUGUCAUUAUUGCUCGCAGUGAGGGCAUCUACGGUCGCUACUGCAUUAAAAAAGUAACUAUGAUAACUUCCACCCAUAAUUUGGCACUAUCGUCUUUAAUAUAAAAAUUUUUAAUUUUCUGUUGUCAAGAAUAAACAAACUCGACUGCGAUUUCUUGCAAUGAUUGGAAGAAUAGACCAUUUGCACGAUGGCGUCAUUUUACUACUAUGACCAGAAUUCUUUUCGUUUUUCCUUUCAUAUUUAAAUUUUAUAACCCCGGUGAGGUUUAAAUGACAAAGGCCCUAAUUUGCACAAAAAAGCAAAACCCUGAAGGAUUCUGGUUGUAGUAGUAACAUGAUGUCGUCGUGCAAAUGGCAACAGGGGUCUUUUUUGCAUGAGCAUGCGCGACCGCUGAACAAGCGAUGUGCAUGGAGGCUCACCACAGGGUUUGCCUUCAUCAAAAUGGCGCGUCUCAAAGCUAUCAUAGCUAUUAUUUUGCUCGUUGGUCUUGGCGAAUGUGUUCGUGAUUUAACAAAAUGUGUAGUUUGCAAAAAAAACUCUAACAUGGUCUUGACAAAAGCGAAGUAGACCGGCUUUAACAUACACGAGCUACUAUCAAAUUUCAUCUCCCCACUUGACCUAGACAACAGCGCGCGUAUAUGUAGUGCCUGGAGGAUUGCGCUGACCUCAUCAAUAUCCAAGCAAAGAGCAGAAACGUUUGUUGAUGCAAUAAACACUUUCAAUUUUCUUUGUUUUGAAUUGGGAAAGGAAGAGAAAUAUUAAAAAAAAAAUCAGCAAAUGUCAGCGAGAGGGUUUGAAGUGCGCGAAAGCCGAUGUUCAGUUCAGCAGUGAAUUAAUAUAUGUUCUACAAUUUUCCCAGCACUUUAAAGCUACAAAAUUAAGAUCACACGAGAUGUAGAUUAGUCACCUGGUGAGAUGUUGGUGGUAGUCACUCUGUAUGUCUCGAACAAUAAAAAAAAUGAAUAUCAAUGAGGCACAGUCAAAACUGCAUUCAAUAGGACCGAAAUUAAAGUCCAAUCUUGUGAUCGAUUUUGAUGAAACAAACGGUUAGGUUUCCCAAGAAGUACAGUAAACAUGUGAUGACGACCAAAAGUUAAAAAUCAUUAGAACAUUUAAGUCCUGGCUAAAAGCAAAUUCCUGUAAAAGAUGCGUUACAAUGUUAGUCCACUCAAAAACAAGAAUUUCUACAAUUUUCCUAUACACAAACUUUGUAUCGCUAAAAUACUUUAGGCAAAAACUUUCUACUCCAACUGAAAACGGCGUGGUAGUCGCCCGCUGAUCGUUAUUAAUCCUCUCCCGAAACAUGGCUAAAUCAGCUAUUAACAAAUUAUUGACAGAAAUCCUCUACGGCAUCGAGAAACUGAUUUACAUCCGAUUUAUAGACAAACACUAAAUAAAGAACAUUUUGCUCAAUAGCUACGCAUCAGCAAUGCAUUCUUAAAGGGGAAUCAAGACAAACAACAACAAGCAGCCAUGUUCGUGUCAGACAUCCUUGAGAAACUUGCUCCUUCACCUCGUUCAGCGCAUAAGUCUCCACUUUAAAUCAACAGAUCUUUACUUAUUUUGUACAACGAAGGUCUUUCCUAAGUUCCUGCUAUCAUUUCAAUCUUAAGCAAGCUUUCAAAGACUCUUCAAAGUGAACAAUUUGGUUCCUAUGACUAUGCAGCACGGUCGCUGUCACUGGUCGCGUGCUCUUUGACAAGUCAGCGGUCGCGCAUGCUCAUGCAAAAAAGACCCCUGUUGCAAAUGGCCUAUUUAUCACUUGUUUGCCCCCUGAGAACCACGUGACAUCCUGUAUCCCAUCAGUCCUUAAGCGUGUGCAAAGAUGGCGGGCAUCGUGAAUAAGGUCGAUUGGAUAGGUGUUUAUAAUGUACCGGAUGGCGUUUUGUGCUGGUAUAGUGUGAACAUAGCGUUAAAUUCAAAUCUUGGGAUACUACAUAAAUCUAGAAAGGCUAAAAGUGUAAUUUGUAGUAAAGAAUAAUCACAUGGCUUCUUAUUAAAACAAACUUUCCUUAUAUUCUUGUUCCUUAGUGUCCAGCUCGGUUGAAGAUGGUAUAAGAGAAUUGUCAAGCGUCCUCAAUUCCUUGCCAGAGUCAGUAGUCCAGGUCAUGAA